UUUUCAAUUGAAUGGAACACAAGGUUAAUGAUAAAGAACCCAACAAAAAGCACUACGUUAGUGCUUUGUGUUGGUGGUUAACAGUGUCCAUCAUCGCAGUCCUCGUAGUAGUUGCUGGUGUUCUUUCUCUAAUAACCAAGUUUAAGUUUGGUCACUCUAAUUCACCUGAAUUCACUUCUCACCCCACCAACGUUGUUCAGAAAUAUGCUUCAGCUCUUGAAUUGGCCUUGCAAUUUUUUGACGUCCAGAAAUCUGGUAAGCUGGAGAAUAAGAGGGUUUGGUGGAGAGGGGAUUCGGGGCUACGAGAUGGGAGUGAAGAGAAUUUGGAUUUAUCGAAAGGAAUGUAUGAUGCUGGUGACCACAUGAAAUUUGGUUUCCCUUUGGCUUUCACUGCAACCGUGUUGUCUUGGGCGAUUCUUGAAUAUGGAGGUCGCAUGGAUGCGGUGAAGCAGCUACACUAUGCACUUGAUUCGCUGAAGUGGAUCACGGAUUAUCUUGUCAAUGCACACCCUUUUCCUGAAGUGCUCUACAUUCAGGUGGGGGAUCCUGAGGUGGAUCAUAAUUGCUGGGAAAGGCCUGAAGACAUGAAAGAAAAAAGACCACUCACUCAAGUUAAUUCAUCUUUUCCAGGAACAGAAGUUGCGGCAGAAACUGCAGCUGCAUUGGCCUCAGCAUCUCUUGUUUUUAAGGAGAUCGAUUUCGCUUACUCUAGGAUUCUCCUACGACAUGCUCAACAGCUGUUUACUUUUGCUGAUGCAUAUAGAGUUUCCUACAGUGUCAGCAUCCCUCAAGUGGGGAAAUACUAUAACUCAUCUGGUUAUGGAGACGAACUCUUAUGGGCAGGUACCUGGCUCUAUCAUGCAACUAAGGAUCCAUCAUAUCUAAACUAUGUGACAGGGCAGAAUGAGAAAGCAUUUGGUAGUUUAGGAAGUCUAUCAUGGUUAAGUUGGGAUGAUAAACAUGCUGCAACUCAGGUUCUUUUGUCCAGAGUGAAUUUCUUUGGUGAAAGUAACAUCCCAGAUGCGGAGAAUCUCGACCUUCAGAUGUACAGAGAAACUGCUGAAAUCCUCAUGUGCAAGCUUCUACCUGAUUCACCAACAGCCACCGCCAACAGAACUGAAAGUGGGCUGAUAUGGGUGGUACCAUGGAACUCUUUGCAACAUUCAGUAGCGUCUGCAUUCUUAGCUGUUCUUUAUAGCGACUACAUGCUGACAUCUCAAACUGAAAUACUAUAUUGUAGUGGGAAAUUGUAUAAGCCAGUAGAUCUUCGCAAAUUUGCCAUUUCUCAGGCAGAUUAUGUUUUAGGUGAAAAUCCUAUGAAGAUGAGUUAUCUUGUGGGAUAUGGAACUCAAUACCCCAAAUACAUACAUCAUAGAGGGUCUUCCAUUCCAGUUAAUGCUACAACUGGUUGCAAAGAUGGAUUCAAGUGGUUUGACUCACCUCACCCUAAUCCAAAUGUAGCAUUUGGAGCACUAGUAGGUGGUCCUUUCUUUGAUGAGACAUAUAAUGAUUUCAGGAACAACUCAAUGCAGGCUGAACCAACCACUUACAGUAGUGCCCUCUUUGUUGCUCUCUUAUCUGGCUUGGUUGCCAGUUCCUCCGUAGCGUGGUCUUUUUAGAAUUUAUAUGUAUUCUUUAUUAUCAAUAAAUGACUUUUUUUAUUUAACAAA